GCCUAGCCACUUGUUGCUUGGAUUAUCCCACCUGCUUGAGUCGCGGGUUACGCUGGAUAUAGCCAGCUCAGUUAACGAGUCGGUAGUCGAGAGUUAAGGAACUUACUUUUAACUUUAGUGGAUGUAUAUUUGAUACUGUGCCACAUGAAGUGACCAUUUCUGUUGUGAUAUUUGAGAAGAUUGGAAGCAGUUCUAUUAAAGAGAUUGUAGUUCACUGUCUUGUACAGCAGAAAAGUGUAUCCUGAAAUGGCGUCAGUUAUCUGUUAGUCCAAAGCGUUCAACGCCAUAAACCCACGGCAAUGUCGGUGGAGUUGGAGGAUAAUGGAAUCCCCCACGGCAUCAGCAUCCACAAGGCGCCAUCAGUCCGAAAGGUGGAGAAAACUAUUAUGAAAAUCGCCGCUGACCACAUGCAUCCCCCACACGUGGACAGCAUCUUGACCGCAGGGAUGCCGGACACCGGGCAUUCACCGCCCUCGAAGUCGAUGGAAUGGUCUGGCAGCGAGAAACCACUGAAAGCUGUUUUGUCUCGUGUCCAGGAAGAAGAUUUGGUUAAAACAUUAUUCGGGGGGCACGUCGAACAAGAGAUGUCCACUACAGAAAGUAGUUUACCAAUGGACACUAAUUCUACCAUGAGCACGGUCACCGAAGAUAUCCUUAGCACUGCUGCCUCCUUCGUUCCUCCGCAUCCCGAAUGGUCAGCUCCAGAGAUUGGGGCAGUCACUCUGGUCAUCCUAAUUGUGCCUUUUAUCCUGUGCAGCAAUCUGCUGGUCAUUCUGAGCGUUAUCCGCUACCGCCGCCUGCACACCCCGACCAACUAUUUCAUCACCUCGCUGGCCGCAGUGGACAUUCUGGUGGCUCUAGCUGUGCCUUUCGUUGUGGUCAUAGAGGUCUUCCAUUUUGGAGGCGCCGACGGGCCCAAAGACGUGGUGCUGUGCCUGCUCCCCAACAGAGUGCUGAUGAUGGCGUGCGGGGUGUCUGUUUUGACUCUAGCCACCAUUGCUUAUGAUAGACACACCGCCCUUGUCUCCCCUCUUGAAUACGUGAACAUUAUGACUGCACGGAAGGUCGCUGUCAUGGUGGCAGUCACGUGGAUCUACUCGGCUGUCAUCGUCUGGCUUCCGCUUAUGAUCGGCUGGUUCAUCGACCCUAGUGAAACCGCGCCCUGUUCCUCCAACCUCCUCAGUGGCAAGGCCUCUGUCCUCUUCUUGGGCGCCAUAUUCGUCCCCUCCUGCAUUGCUAUCCUAGUGUGCUACUCCCGUAUUUUCCUAGUGGCCCGCCAUCAUGCAAAGGCAAUCGCAGCCGUGGAGUUCGCCAUCCACAGAAACCUGCAAGUGAAAUUCAUGAUCAAGGACACGAAGUACGCCAAGACUCUCGCCCUUGUGAUUGGGUUUUUCCUGGCCUUGUGGUUCCCUUAUCUGAUCUACAUCUUCAUACAGACUGUCUGCCAUGUCAGGUUCGACAUCUGGAUACAGACGUAUCUCAUCUUGUUAGCCGUCUUCAACAGCGGGAUAAACCCGUGGAUCUACGCUUUCAAGAACAACGAGUUUCGUGCCGCAUUCAAGCGGAUGUUCAAAGAGCUGUGUAGGGACAGGGUGUGCAUGUCCAUGGACAGGCGAGCCAGCCUCGUCCCACCCGUCAGUAACACUCCAAGGCUGAGCAGGACGGACAGCAGGAUGCUCACCAACCUGUUGGAGUCCACGCUGGACAUUCUGAGCGAGCAGCUGAAAAACAGCAUCCAUUCCCUGAACGACUCCUGCAGCGACGGUCGGCUUUACGACGCCGCGUGCGCCAAGAGCAACACCAACGUCCCCGACGACGAAGCUCUGGUCAGCCCAGUGCAGAAGCAGCUUGUCAGGCACACCGCCAGCUGCUGUGACCUUGACUCUUACACGGAGGCGGCGUCGGCGCCCAAGAAGAGAACGCUCAAGUUCUCGAGAAGAUACUCUUUAGAUUUCGGACUGACGCACCACUCUCUUGUAGACAUUGCCAGCCAGCCUUGCUCUGUUGGGGAAGAGAGUGGCCUCGCGAAGAAAAACAAUGGUGAUAAAAGUAUAUGUGAUAUAAGUUCUUCUGUUGUAGAUAUACCACAAGAGAACGUUAAGAAUAUUUUACAAUCUAGUUUAGCUGUUAUAGAUGAAUCAUCCUCGCCUUCAUUAAAGUCAUCCUCAUCCAAUAUAAACUCAUCUCUCACGAGCACGCUUCCUUCAAAUGCACACUGUUCACACACACCGCUGGUAACAUUGCAAGCGGCCACGCUUCCCCUGUCUACCAUAGGCGUAUUCACCACAUCAUGCUACCCCCAGCACCACCACACCCCUGUAUCCUCCCCUUCCUGCCACGCCGUUCAUCCCACCUACCUCCCCGUAUCCCCUCCUCCCCAGACGCCCAGCGCCCAACCCCCCAGCCACCCUUAUUACGAUCCUCACCUCGUUCACUCUUUCUCUUACAUCAACGAAAAUCCCAAAGCUCCUGAAACCUGCACCGAGCUCUUGACGUCCACCCUCCACUGCCCUCAAAGUGACCACGAGCAAACGGUGGACAGCCAUCAGAUCCUCGCGCACACGCAUUCCUGCCCAACGUUCGAUCCUCUUACCUCCGACCCAUCCCGCGUCCUCGCUUACUGGGAAAGAAGCUUGUUCUGUUCCUAUCUAGGGACCCUGGGCGUCCCCCAGAACGGACAUAACUACGUUAGCCGCUUAGGCAGCGUUGACAGAUACUCGAACACCAAGUUCUUCAUCUAGAUAUAAAUAAAACUAAACAUCCUCCUGCCAUUCCAUACAAAGUAUUAUAGGCCAGUGCGUGCCUCGUUCUCGACUUGCUCUAUCAUGUUACCGCGCCAUUUUUUAUUGUUUAAAUAUUUGACUUGACACGAUGCUUCCUCAACUUCCUUGACAUUUUUAUUCCAAAGAUGUAAUUGUUAGCAUUUGACAGUGUUUCGCUUGGAUUCUAUAUGAUUACUGUAACUGUUAUAAUGGUAUCAUAUUUCCAUUGUUGUGCUGCUUGAGAGCCGGGUAUCAUUAGUUGCAUGACAUUUUAAAGCAUCCACAUAAAGUGUCACCAGAAAUCACGCCCUCAUUAGACAUUGUCACACUUUCACUUCUGCUCAUUUCUUCUAUUCAUACUUACUUUUCUUUUUUUUUUUUUUUUUUUU